AAUAAACAAAGUCCAACGCACUGGGGAGGAUUUAAGGAAGAACAUCCUGGAAGCCGGUGGCAUGCAGACAAAAGCAAAGGUGCAACUGAAACUCGUCCUUGAUGCUGAGGCAGAUGUCGAGAUAAACAUUUGGCUGUCCUACGUCAUUCUCAAGGCUUCCUGGUCGCCAUCAUACGAUAUACGGGUCUCCACAACAGAUAAGAAACUUAGCUUAACCUACAAGGCAGAAGUACGCCAAGCUACAGGGGAGGAUUGGACCAACGUGGAAAUGUCGCUGUCAACGGCCAUGCCGACAUCAGCCGGAGACUGCCCAGAGUUUGCGAAUCCUUGGACCAUUAGUACUUUUCGGAUGCCAGUAGUGAGACCAACCGUUCGGAGUCUUAUGGCGCGGGGCUCAGCCUUUGGUGCUCCGCCGCCCAUGGCAUCAGCUCCCGCUCCGAUGGUGGGUGCUUUUGGAGGGGCACCAGGUGGUGGGUCAUUGUUCGGUUCGACUGCUGCCGGAUUCGGUGCGGCUGCAAAAGCCUCUCGGAGCGAUGAUAUGAUCGAUUAUGAAGAUCAAGAUGUCCAGACAUUAGCUGCCCCAGCGCAGAUGAUACACCAGGUGGCCCAAGCAACUUCUGGGUUGGUGUCCGCAUCCUUUCAUAUCCAAACGAAAGCCAAUAUUCCCAGCGAUAACGUCCCACAUACGGUAACUGUCGCCCUCCUCAAGUUGGUGCCUGCAUUCGAGUACGCGGCUGUUCCAAAACUUUCUCCUGCAGCCUAUCUCAAAGCGAAGCUGCGCAACACAUCGGAGUACGCAUUACUUCCGGGGCCCGCCAACAUUUUUGUUGACGGGAACUUUGUUGCGAAAUCAUCUCUCAAGAAUGUUGCACCCGAAGAGGACUUUGAGUGUUCUCUAGGCGUCGACCAUGCCAUUCGUAUCACGUACAAACCGGUGACAAAAUCUCGCCAGACCGCCGGUGUUUUCAGCAAAAACGUUACUUUGCGCCAUACUCAGCGCCUCAAUGUCAAAAAUACCAAACGUGUAGCAGCCACCUUGCGUGUUUCGGAUCAAGUACCCAUUAGCGAGGACGAAAAGAUCAAAGUCACCAUAGUAAAACCUGUGAAUGGGGAGGCCUCUAAAGAUAUGGACGUGGCUCAUAAGGAUAAAGGGCUUAUUGAAUGGACGCUCACGGAUGUGCAGCCUGCCAGCGACCUGGACCUGGAGCUUGUGUAUGAAAUUACAUAUCCGCAAGGGACAAUUGUUUCUGGAGUUUGAUGACCUUGACGCUAUCCGGGAUGCUGUUUUAUCAUGGAUACAAACGUUCACAGAUCUUCAUUAUAUACCCUUUGUGUACUGUUAGCAAAAGCCAAGAACCGUACAUCCAUGCUGCUUUGAAUGUAUAUUGUUUUAAGUUAGGAUCUUGUUUGGAGGACCUCCCCUGAUUUCUGAUUUAUGAAGAAUGUCCAAUGUCCCCGGUGGACAAUAAACUGGCGAUAUUUCGUAUGCGA